UAAGGCGGGAAGCCUGGAGAGGUUUCCUUCCGGGACAAAGGGUGAUUGGCAGGAGUGGCGAAGGAAGGCGAGGGAGCCAUGGCCGUUCUCCUGGAAACGACGCUGGGGGACCUGGUGGUGGAUCUGUACACCGAGGAGAGGCCGCGAGCCUGUCUAAAUUUUCUGAAGCUUUGCAAGAUCAAGUACUAUAAUUACUGCCUUAUACACAGUGUACAGAGAGAGUUUAUUGUGCAAACUGGGGACCCCCAGGGCACUGGGCGUGGAGGUGAAUCCAUCUUUUGCAAAUUGUAUGGGGACCAAGCUAGAUUUUUUGAAGCAGAAAAAGUGCCAAGAAUCAAACACAAGAAAAAGGGGACAGUGUCAAUGGUGAACAAUGGCAGUGACCAGCAUGGAUCUCAGUUUCUUAUUACUACAGGAGAAAACUUAGAUUACUUGGAUGGUGUUCAUACAGUGUUUGGUGAAAUAACAGAAGGCAUGGAUGUAUUGAACAAAAUUAAUGAGGCUUUCGUUGACAAGGAUUUCGUUCCCUAUCAAGACAUCAGAAUAAACCACACAGUGAUCUUAGACGAUCCAUUUGAUGACCCCACUGGUUUGACAAUACCAGAUCGUUCACCAGAGCCUACAAAAGAACAACUGGAUAGUGGAAGAAUAGGAGCAGAUGAGGAAAUUGAUGAUUUCAAAGGGAGGUCUGUUGAUGAAGUGGAAGAAAUUCUAGCCGAAAAAGAGGCAAAAACGCAAGCUAUUCUUCUGGAAAUGGUUGGGGACUUGCCUGAUGCAGAUAUCAGACCACCAGAAAAUGUGCUCUUUGUAUGUAAACUUAAUCCUGUAACAACUGACGAGGAUCUUGAAAUUAUAUUCUCUCGGUUUGGGCCAAUAAAAAGCUGUGAAGUAAUUCGAGAUUGGAAAACUAGUGAAUCCCUCUGCUAUGCUUUCAUCGAGUUUGAAAAGGAGGAAGACUGUGAGAAAGCUUACUUUAAGAUGGAUAAUGUAUUAAUAGAUGACAGGAGAAUACAUGUGGAUUUUAGCCAAUCAGUUGCAAAGAUUAAAUGGAAAGGAAAAGGUGGGAAAUACACAAAAGAAGAUUUCAAAGAAUAUGAAAAGGACCAUGACAAAACUUCUAAACUGGGGCUCAAGGAGAAGGCAAAAACUAAACAAGACUCAAAAUAUGACCUUGUAUUGGACGACGAGGAGCCAGAAGCCAAAAUAAGUCAUAGGCACUCUGACAAGAAGAAGAAGAAACACCACCAUUCAGAUGACAGCGAUGAGGGUGAGAAGAGGACCAAAAAAUCUAAGGACCCUGAUCGAAAGCACAAAGAAGAAAGCAGUAGAGAGAGAAGAAAAAGUGACAAGCGAGAAAAACGCCGAAGCCGUAGUCGUAGCCACUCCCGGAGCAGAGAUAAUCGCUAUAAGAAGUCUAAAGAUAAACGUCAUGAAGAUUCCUGGGAAAGGGAGCAUGAGGAGAGGAGGAAAUCCAGAAGCCCAAAGAAAUCCAAAGAUAAGGACAAGUCCAAAUACAGAUGAAGGAGUAUCAAACUUUUCCCUGGCAUGGAGAAAUCAGACUGUUGCCCUAAAAGACUCAAAGUUCAGGCCUCUGAUUAAUUUCUUCCUUGUGGGAGGACAUCUUACAGUGUGGGUGCAAGUACAGUUUGAAGUGUAAAAAUCUUGUUUUUCAUUUGGAUUUGAGAAAGUAGUCACAAAGUCUUAGAGUGCAAGUCCCUCCUUGAGCAGUGAUGAGGAAUUUGCAAUGUUCUGUCUGUUUUCCAUCACUAAAAAGAAUAUUACCUAAAGACAGCCUUGAAUUGUAGGAGGCAUUGAAAUUGGUUGUUUACUGUAAGGCAUGGUUAAUUUCCUUUCUGUUAUCAUAUCUGUAGAGGAAGCUGCAUAUAACCAGAGAGUAUCCCAUUAUGCAUACUUAUUUUGAUAUUAGAACUUUCCACUGUAUGCAUACAUAUUGAAACAAAGUUGAAUGUGUACUGAAGACGAUGUAUUUGGCUUCCUAUGCAGAAAUGAUAACCAUGUAAUAAAAGGUUUCUAAAUUGCUUUCCUGUGCUGAGACUUUCUAGUAAAGGCAGUGCUUCAUAAUAUAAGAUUUAUAACGCAGAAGCAAGCCAAUGUUUUUAUUAUUUUUCUCAGAUCAUACUGGAGUAAUUUCCUGUGUGGAUGCAUCUACUUCUUUUUAAAAGAAAUGUCUUCAAGCAGGCAAAAUAUAGGAAUUGAAGUUUCCUUGGCACUUUGCACACCAUCUAGAAAGACCCAAUUGGCAUUCAGUGAUGUACCUGUCAAUUGGGAAAGUACAGCAGUGACAUCAAGAAAAUCGUAUCUUUCUGCUGCCCUGUCUGCCCUAUUCCAAGAAAAAAACUGGUAAACUAUUUCACAAAGAAGUAUGUUUUGCAGCAACUGUAAAUGCUUAAUGAGAAAACAAAACUAAACAGGCCAGUACAGGAGCAUACCUUUGCAUUUGGCUUUUUAGCUUACUGCCAAUGCUUUCAAAAAUCUAACUAUACCCACCCAUUGACAGAAACCUACAAUCCAAAAGCUAGACUCUUUCUGCACUGAAAGAGCUGAUGUCUGUAAGCAGAUACAAUACUAGCCAAAAAGGAAAUGCUUGUUUAAACCACAGCCCUACUUACAAAAUUCUGCAGGGAUUGACUGACAUCAGUUUGCUGCAAUUCCAGAUGUCUUCACUAGACACUGUGAUCCACACUUGUUAACAUGUGAAAACUACAAAGCAAUGAUAUAUAUGCACAGGUCCUCCCCAUAGUUAUGUUAAAUGAUUUUAGCUGUCCAUUAUUGUGCAAAACACAUCCUUUCCAGAUUCCAGUAAUUGGUAUGUGACUCCCGGUUGUGCUUGCAAUACUGGGUUUUAUACAAUACUAAGAAAUAUUUGUUACCAUUUUUGUGUGAAAAAUACUUUAGUUGGUUUUCAUCUGAUCUUCCAAUAUUUUGGUGGGCUAUUCUUUCUUAAUAAAGAACAAAACAAAAGGGAAAAUAAA